AUGCCACCCUCAAUCCCACCAUUCCUCCUCCCAAGAGGACUCCCUACAACUCAAACUCUCCGCACAAUCCGCACCCAACAAGCCCGCACCCUCAGCACAACCCGCAGUCUCUCCGCACGAAACCGCAAGCCCGAAACAGACAAGAGUCGCAUCCUCGCGAAGCCCGAUAAAUUCAGACCCCCAUCUCACCCACAGCGUAUUGUCAACCCCGUUGUCCGGACUCCAUCGGGUCAACCAGUGAACUAUGGACCGCGAUUGACAUCUGCGGAGCGCGAUGCGCAGAAUAAGAAGCAGUAUCCGAAUAUGUUCCCGCCGGAGGGAACAGUGAUGUUUAAGUUUUUGACUAGUCGAUGGAUUCAUAUCUGGAUUGCUAUGAGUAUCCUCACAACUCUCGCUACUUUCACCUUCACCACAAACUUCAAAGCAUCCUCUCCCUUUGCACACCUCCUACCAUCUUGGUCUGGUCUUCUCACCGCACCUUUCGAGACAAUCUCUCAAGCAAUGUCCGUCUACCGUAUGCACGUUCAACACGAGUCCAUGCGUGUCCGCGAACAGCGUCACCGACGUAUCGAGGAUGCGGAGAAGCGUAAACAAUACCGUAUUGCGCAUGGAUUGGAGGAGGCUCCUGAGACAGAGACCGUGGAUGAUCAGAGUCCUAUUGCUGUUGAGGCCUCGACUGCUCCCUCGCAGGGUAAGAGUGAUGCUUAUGUGGACUUUGAGGGCAAUGUGAAGCCUGUUAAGAAGUGGUUUGGCAUUUGGUAG